CUCUCUCUCUCUCUCUAUAUAUAUAUAUGUGUGUACUUCAUUCUCUCCUUUUCAUUCCAUAUGCUAGCUAGCUAUACUUGUGCCCAUCAUCAACAAUGAAGCUUCUUUUCCUUGGCCUAUUAUUCCUCCUCUCCUGCCUCUUCUCCCUUUGUUUCUCCCAAUCCUACAAUGCAAUAUUCAGCUUCGGCGACUCGAUCUCCGACACCGGUAACCUCUGCGUCAACGGCAACCCGUCGUGGCUCACCACCGCGCAGCCGCCCUACGGCGAGACCUUCUUCAGCCGCCCCACCGGCCGCUGCUCCGACGGCCGCCUAGUCGUCGACUUCCUUGCGGAGGCAUUCGGGUUGCCGCUGCUGCCGCCGUCGAAGGCGAGCGGGAAGGAUUUCCGGCAGGGGGCGAACAUGGCGAUCAUCGGCGCGACGACGCUCGACGCCUCCUUCUUCCAGUCGAUCGGGCUCGGCGACAAGAUCUGGAACUCUGGCUCGUUGGAUCAGGAGGUCCAGUGGUUCCAGCAGCUCUUAUCUUCCAUCUGCACCUCCUCCCAGGAUUGCAAGGACUAUUUGGGAAAAUCGCUGUUCGUGGUGGGGGAAUUUGGCGGGAACGACUACAACGCGCCGUUGUUCAACGGUCGGAGCCCCGACGCCGUCUCCGCCUAUGUCCCCACCGUCGUCGACUCCAUCUCCAACGCUGUCGAGAAAUUGAUCGGGCUCGGGGCGGUGGACGUGGUGGUGCCGGGGAUUCUACCGAUAGGGUGCUUCCCCAUAUACCUAACUUUGUUCCAGAGUUCGAGCCAGGGCGAUUACGAUCAAAACGGGUGUUUGAAGAAGUUCAAUGAUCUCUCCUCGAACCACAACUCGGCGCUCAAACAAGCACUUUCAAAGCUCCAAAGCAAAUACUCCUCUACCAGGAUCAUGUACGCCGAUUUCUACAGCCAAUAUAUUCAUAUGCUACAAUCCCCUCAAAGUUACGGAUUUUCCAACCCGAUGAAAGUUUGCUGCGGCGCGAGCGGGCAGGGCUCGUACAACUACAACAACAAUGCCAGAUGCGGGAUGCAGGGCUCCAGCGCCUGCGCCGACCCGUCCUCGUACUUGAGCUGGGACGGCAUUCACAUGACGGAGGCUGCCCACCGCGCGGUCACCAACGGGUGGCUGCGAGGUCCCUACUGCAAUCCGGCCAUUCUGCGGUAGGGCAAGGACACUGGACUAUGUUACAUGCAUGUAAUUGAUCGAUAAUUGAAAUGAAGAAUAAGAGGAUCGCAAGUGUAGAAUAAAUCAUCUGAUCAUGUAAACCACUAUAUGUUUGACAUAUUUGUAUCCUCAAAAGGGUAAUUUCGAGUUGACUCUUCAAGAUACUA